GUAGUCACGUGACUGGCCCCUUUAACGAAAACACAGAGGCUUCGAAAAGGCAGCAGCGGCGAUUUGUCAACAAGGUGUGAGACACUGUCAACUUUCUCUUCGUCCUUCGAGCUCCACCUGCAGCCACACCAAACCGGCAGACAGGCUGUCUCAAUGCAUUUCAGAGGACCGAGAACUCCGAGGCGGCCAUGGAUGUGUACGACUUGUUUAGUAGUUGCAGAAAGGGCGACAUUUGUAGAGUCAGGUACCUUGUUGAACAAAGGGAUGUGGACCUCAAUGUGAGAGAUAAGUGGGACAGCACACCUUUGUACUAUGCAUGCCUCUGUGGCCACGAGGAGCUGGUCCAGUACCUGUUGGCUAGUGGGGCCAAGUGUGAAGCCAACACAUUCGAUGGUGAAAGAUGUGUGUAUGGCUCCCUGAACGACUCAAUCAGACGCCUGCUCAAAGAUUACAAGUGCGUCAGCGUCCGUGCCAUGCAGCGCAAUGAUUUUAAUUACUUCCUACACAUGUUGUUAGAGCAAGGUCAGCACAGUGAUGUCAAGUUCCUGGUUCAUGGACAAAUGUUUGCAGCUCACCGGUGUGUUCUCAGCGCACGUUCAGAGUACUUCACCGAAAUGUUUGAGACAAAAUGGAAAGGAAAGAACCUUAUAACCCUCAAACAUCCCUUGAUCAAUCCUGCAGCCUUUGGAGCAAUUCUUCAAUAUUUUUAUACCGGACGAAUGGAUAUUGAUAUAAGUCUGGUGGAAGACUGCAGGCGACUCGCUAAGCAGUGCAAGAUGGCAGACCUUAUGGAAGAACUGGAGAAUAAAUGUAAACAGGUCUAUGAAUUUGUGUCCAACAAGCCUGGAACCUGUGUCAAAGUUCUUAGCCUUGAGCCUCACACCUGUCAGCUCCAAGAGGAGAUGGCCCAGUUGGCAGACUGUGCACUACCCACUGAACUAAGAGUUGGAUUUGGUGAACUUCCCUUUAAUAGGGUUGAUCUGUUCCCUACUUACCCUGAUAUCUGUUUCAGAGUGGAGGGUUUCGAUUUCUUAUGUCACAAGGCUUUUUUCUGCGGGCGCAGUGAUUAUUUUAAGGCCUUACUGGAGGACCACUUCAGUGAGGGCCAGCAGCUGCAUUCGCAGCCCAGCACCCCGGUGAUAACGCUGCACAACAUCUCCCAUGAAGUCUUUAUUCACAUCAUGUAUUACAUCUACACUGAUGACACAGAGCUGACGAUGGACAGCGUGUUUGACGUGCUGUGCGUGGCUGACAUGUACCUGCUGCCGGGGCUGAAGCGUCUCUGCGGGAAGACGCUCGCCAAGGCGAUUUGUGAGGACAACGUCCUGCACAUGUGGAAGACGGCCAAGCUCUUCCGUCUUUCUCGGCUGGAGGAUCAGUGCACGGAGUUCAUGGCAAAGAUCAUUGAGCGGCUGGUGGAGAAGGACGAGUUUGCCGAGAUGAUAAAGGAGGACGCUGCGUCGCUGGAGGAGCGACAGGAGACGGACUCUGUCCCUCUGGUGGACGACAUCCGCUUCCACAUCGCCAGCAACGUGCAGACGUACAGCGCCAUCGAGGAGGCCAAUCAGAAGCUGGAGGCUCUGGAGGAGCUGCUUUCCAGCAUCAAUAUUGACUGCUGAGCAGAGUUCAUCAGAUUCCUCUAUCUGGUGCAGAAAUGUUAAGGUCGUGUUUGGAGGGAAUCUUUAGUGAGGUGAGAAGAAAAACAUAUGCAUCUUUAUGUUUGCAGGUUCUAUUUCAUUUACAGCGUAUGGCACAGAUUGUACUGUAUGUGAACGGAGGUGGUUGUUGGGGAGUUUAGCUCAUUUCAAAGGAAGUCCUUACCAAACAAGAGGAAAGUUAUCUGGUUCGUACUGACAUUAAACUCUGAGAUUGGCUGUGAAGAAGAAGAAGGGUGACAUAUUAAUAACAGAAUACUUUUGCAUUAUUCAUGCAUGAAAUUAAAAUGAUCUGCAGCAGCUAGAUUUAAUUUAACGUUUUUCAUGUGUAUCAUGUAAAACGUCAAGAAAUUGUAUUUUAAUGCUUUAAAGAGGCAACAUGGAGAGCAUGUAUUGCUCUAAUUCUCACAUUUCAGAACAAUGUGGUUAAAAAAAAAAUCUUUCCUCCCUUUACUAGUUCAGAUAACGUCCUGUUAGUCUUCUGUUUUAUUAAAUUGUGUUUUGUGGUUACUUGAAAGUAUUUUGUGGCUCUCCUUCACCUCACUGCUCGAACUGUGGGAUUCCCUCUGGUAUCUUUACACAUAUCACCCUCUAAUCCACUCUUACACUUUGCUUCAGUUGAACAUGGAGCUUAUUUUUCCAGCAAACCCAUUUUGCCUUAUGUGUGUAGCAAGUAAAUAAAAUAAAAGUUGUGAACAGUG